AUGGCUACCAUUACGAUUUUGCUAAUCUGUUCCAUCGUGCUUAAUCUGUUGCUAUUUGCUAGCAUCUACUAUCAUGGCGGAUGGGGGGGAAGCUGGACUGAAACUGCAGCUGCGCAAGCUAAGUUUGUGGCAUCAAUUUCAUGUUCAGGACACGGGAGAACUUUCUUGGAUGGAUCAAUCCUUGAUGGAAAACCUGUUUGUGAGUGCAAUGCUUGCUAUGCAGGCCCUCACUGCUCUGUUUUGUUACCGGGAUAUAGUGGAGAUCCUAUGUUCUUGGAGCCCUUCUGGGUGAAUCAUGCUGCUAGUAGCACCAUCGUGGUUCCCGGAUGGCAUCGGAUGAGCUACGAAUUCAACAAUGGCUCACUCCUCUUGAAACAACUCGAAUCCGAAAUCCGUAGACUUCAUGCAGUUGUCAGAAACGCGGUGACCGAUGGAAGAUACAUCGUAAUCGGUGGCGGUGCUACUCAACUUCUUCAUGCGGCCAUGCAUUCCCUCUCCGACUAA